AUGCGUCAUACAAACAACAUGCCGGUAAGGCAGGCCUGUUUCUUCCUUUUCCUUUUUCUUUUUUUUUUUUCUCCUUUAUCAGUAGUUUAAUUUCAGUUAUUAUGAAUCUUCUUUUUUUUUUCUGGAAAGGAACAUAAGUUUUAAUGUGUUGAAUUGUUAAUCUAAUGUUGCAGAAAAAGAUAGUCAUCAAAGUACGAAUAAACUGCGACAAAUGCAAAACCACGGCCCUCAAGAUUGCUUCUGGAACAGAUGGUCUGAACUCGGUGGCAAUACAAGAGGCAGACAAGCUGGUUGUGAUCGGAGAUGGAAUUGAUUCAGUUGCUCUCACCUGUAAACUUAGGAAAAAGCUUGGAUUUGCCGACAUACUCUCUGUGCAAGAAGAGAAAGCUCAAGCACAAGCUGAUAAACCGCCGCCCAAAAAAACUGAUCCUCCCGCUGAGAUCAUUCCGUUAAUAUGUUACUAUUAUCCUUCUACGUGCCAAGAAUUAGUGGUCUGUGAUCCAAACCCAAAUCCCUGUCCAAUCAUGUAAUUCCAUCGUCUCUUCAAAAUAAACGCGCGCGUAUGUUUUCUAGUUUCUUAUAAUUUCUUCUUAAUGUUAAUCCUACCAAGCUACUACAUGUCUUCGUCUCUUUCGCUCUUGAUGCUCUUGUUGGAAAUAAAUACCAAUUCCAGGC